CUCAAACAAUUGUCAUGUAUUUGCCCUAAAUUUUUGAAAAAAUAAUUAGAAAAUAUUUAUAGGCAAUGAAUUAACAACUCAUUCGACUGUAAAAUUUGUUUUUAUUGGUUGUCGUUCACUUAUAGUCUCUACUCUACAAAGGGUUGGUGCCAUUGAUACUAUUUUAAGACUUAAUAAAAUGAAUGCCACUGAAAACAAUAUAAAAUUGUGGUCGCCCUGUGAAGACAUUUUCAAUAGUAUUUGCAGAGCCAAGCAAAACUAUGCCAUUGUAAUACUUAAUUGCCGCAUAAGCUUAAACAUUGAUCAUAGGCGUAUUCUUUAUUUGUGGGCUCACGCCAAAGUUAGGGUAACUGUAGAUGGAGGCCUCGAUAGAUGGUUGACAUGGGUACAAGCCCAUGAAUAUCAGGUGUCUGAUGUUUAUGCUCCAGAUCUAAUUACUGGCGAUAUGGAUUCACUGUCACUAGGCCUUUUACAAUAUUUUGAAAAUAAAGAUUCUAAAAUUGUCAAGACACCGGAACAAAAUGAAACUGAUUUCACUAAAAGUUUGAAGGAAUUGCAAAAGCACUGUGAUGAUGAGGGAAUAGAGAUAGAUAGCAUAUAUGUCUUGGCGGAUACUUCAGGCCGUUUGGACCAAAUUCUAGCCAAUAUUAAUACCUUAUUUAAGGCUGCAGCAUUUAUGGAAAACAAAAAUAUCUAUCAAAUAGCUUCAACUUCACUUACAUGGCUAUUAGCGCCUGGUAAUCAUAAAAUUACCAUACCACAAACUCUUAGGGAUCAAAAUGCGUGGUGUUCUCUGAUUCCUAUUGGAGAGCCUUGCAUAGUGAGUUCAAAGGGAUUAAAAUGGAAUUUAGAUGAAACCAAGUUAAGCUUUGGCGGUUUGGUUAGUACAUCAAAUACUUACAACGGAGAACCAUUUGUUACUGUCACUACAGAUGGUUUUCUUGUAUGGUCAAUGGGCAUUGAACCUUUAUUAUAGCCAAAAAUUAUUUUUAGUGUUUGUUCUAAUGAUUUUUUAAAUACUCGCACAUGGAUGAGAGUGGUCAAUGUCAAUUAUUUUCAUUUAGGUUUGUUUUUAUUUGAUUUUGUUGUUUUUUUUUUCUCAAAUUUAUUUUAUUGUUUUCUUAGUCAGGUAUAUUUUUAUGUUAUUGCGUUUGUCCAAGUUAAAACA